AUGUCGAGAGAAGAGUCUGCGAACGAGGAUCCUUUUCUCGACAAUACCGCGGCCUCAGCGCCUGCUUAUGUCGUCCAGGCAGUUGAACCGCGCACAAUCACCGAGUUAUCUUCAUCAGGAAGACGCCGACCUGGGGAAGGAGAAACAGGAGGACCUAGAAAUUUCAAUCCUGAUUCUAGAGGAGGCGGCGACGGAGUUGCUAACGGAGGAGGCUCACCUGAUGGAGCAGGACCAGGAGAUGUAGGUCGACAAGGUGAACAAAGUACCAUUCCCCGUCCCCCUCGAGUCUCCAACUCAGCUCCGAAUCUGGGUGGCCAACAAAAUCAAAAUCAGCGUCCUCCUCCACCUCCUUCCCAACAACAACAAGCCCCACCACCGCGCAGUCGAAACCUUCCACCAGGAAAGGAAGUCAUUUUAGCACAUUUUCCCAGCAAGCGAAGUAAUUUAACGUUAGAACAGUUUGUGCGGAAAAUCUGCGCUUACAAUCGCAAAGUGUGUCCCGAACUCGCGCAUGACAGAAGAGAAGACGUCAUCCGCCACAACACAACUUUAUUGGAGGGUGUGGAGCUGCCAGAAGAUGUGUCUCCUUUAGAAGAAGCAGACAGAGACACGCCAACGGACGAUGAAAAACAAAAUACAGGAACUGUAGCUCGAUCUACUGGCUCAUCUAAAGCUAAUAAAGCUAAUGGUAAUCACCGCGGUCCUUCCUCUGUAGCAUCCCAGUAUGCAGGUACAACUUCUAGAUCCUCAACAGGAGUCGGCAGAGGGAUGACACCAGAAAUGCAAGAACAUUUGGGUAUGAACACCGUAGCACCGCAGCGUCGGAGGAAGCCGAAGGGCAUAAAGCUCGACUUCAAGGACAUGGCCGCAGUGAAACCAGCCAUUGAACUGUUGAUGCGGAUGAAUGCGUGGGCUAACGUACUUAGACUUAUUUAAUUUCGUCUAAAUCUAUGCUGUUGAGUUUCAAAUUCCGUAAAAACGUAGUAAUUCUGAUUCAUCCACAGUUCCAGGUGAAAUACAGUUAUAAUAGAUUAGUAGUUUCUUCCACCAUCACAUCCGCAAUAUCUCGCACAUGAUGAACUAAGGUCGUUUGUGUUUGGUUGAACGCUGACGUUGCCGCAGGACCUGGCUUUCCGCCUCUCGGUCGCAACUGGGUUCUAGAUGGGCGUAAGUUUUUACAAAGGUGCUGCCGCAUCCCUGACGUCGUGCUCUCGCUUGGUUGGUUUUCCACGGAGCUUUCAGCCACACAACAGUACACCAAGACCAUGAUUGAUGACAUGCUGGAACUGGUCCAAAGACCCUUUCUCAGAGGCAAAGACUCCUUCCUCUACACUCCCGCUGCCGUUGCACACCACAUUACCUUCUGUGUACAAGCGCGGUUCGCAGUCAAGAGUAAGCCGAUACUCAAACAAUUGCUAGAGCUAGUUCCGAGUUCGUCACUGACGAUUUACACGGGUUUCGGGUCUAUCGGCAUCGCUGCCCAAGACUUGAGAGCGAUAGAGGAAAACUUCGACACCACGAGGUUGUUUAUCGAUGUGUGGAAACACGCGGAAAAAGAACAAAACAACAAACUUAAGCCCCUCAUAAGAUAACAAAUUAUUAUCUUCAAGGACGAGUCAUUUGCCUCAGGUUCCUACCCUUCCUUCUUGGAUUCUUAGACCACUAUGAACAGAACUUAUUAAUAAAUAGAAUGUAUCGAGGCCCUCAAGAAUGUGAAUUUAAAUUAUUCAUUGCGACUAGUUCUAACAAGCGUGCUGCAAGAAUAACAAACGGCCCAGGAGGAAGAGGUGGAAAUAACCAAGACCCAAAUGCUGCUAGAGGUGCCCCAGACGAUGGUCGUGCAGUAACGGAGAAAUGCAGCAUCAUGUAGAUGUAGUCAUUCCUUGUACAACGAUGGAUGGCCGUAAAACUACAAAGUUGUUGCGAUUAUACCAGAAGGAGCAGGAGGACAUCAAAUAAGAUUCAUUUUUGCAUUUUUGCUCCAACUCCACCACACAUAACCCUUAUGAAGACGUUGUGGCAUAUUGUUCACACCAACUACAUCACCAAUUUCCCUUCUAUAUCCAUUCCUCCUUCAUACUGCGUGAUGACUACAACUUCUUCACGAACAUGACUCAACAUAGCAGUCGUCCACCUGUUCCUGGACUCAUGAUUCCUGAAAUUUGUUUUUUUUUCAGUUCAUACGAUCGACAACGAAAUGAGAUGAAGAUGUUGAACGACCAAGGCGAGGCCGCGCACGUGCAUGAAACGGAGAAGGAGCUUUUUUUAAGCCAUAGUUCAUUUCCAUCCUUCUGGUCUGGUUCGCCGACUCGUGUCUGAUCUGCAAUAUGUCACAUUAAAUCUUGCCGCUUCCGAUUCCGUCUGUCUUUCAUGCGAGUGUUGCC